GUGACCCCCGGUGGACCUGCUGGGAUAGACUGGUGCGCAGAGCGAGCUGUGAAAGCAGGCAGGCCCGACCUUCAGGGCUGGUGUCAGGAGUAAGCGAUUGACUUUGCUGCCAGGUGGACCCCACCUGGAAUUCUUCACUUCCGGGCUCUGAAAGGCACAUUGGGCCCCUGCAGAGCUGCAGGGGGUCCUCAUGAGGCUGGGAUAGCACCACCCCAACAGCCACAUCCACUGUCUGCUGUAAGGAGCCUUGUGGGCCCUGUGCAGUCCCAACUGCUCCCUCCACCUGGCAGCUGCCGAGGGGCCCCAGAGAAAAAGGCCAGUUGAUGUUCCUCCAGCACCUUUAACUUUAAAAAAAUCACUUGCCCUCUCUGGCCUCAGUUUCUUUAUCUAUCAAAUGUAAAUUCUGAGGCACUCUCUCACCCUGGAUGAGAUUAUGAUUUCCAAUCCCGGCUGACACACUGUUUCUGCUUUGGGGUCCAGGUACCAGAGUGCUGCAUGGAGAGUGGGCUGGGUGGUGGGCCUGGCUUCUCAUCUGGGCUCUGCCACUUAGAGCUGUGGGUCCCGGGGGAAGCUACUCUGUGUUUCAAUUUUAUUUUAUUUUCCCACCUAUAAAAUGGGAUAAUAAUACCUGUAUAAACAAGACAGCACAUGGUUAUUGGAAGGCUUGCGCGAGAUGAUAUAUGCGGAUGGCUUUGUAAUAAGAGAACUAAUGUAUAGGUAAAAGGUGCUGUUACUAAAUGACAGUUGGAAGCUGGAAUGCAGCCCAGCCCUGUUCACCCAGCUGCUUCCCCUGGGUGUCAUAAGCAGCUCUUUUAUGGGACAUCUGUGGGUUGACCGUAAUGGGUUCGAUUCUGAGGAGGAGCAGACAGCAGUGCUGUAAUUUCUUCUUCCAUUCCCUGAUAUCCCAGUGACAUAACCUGGGCCUUAUAGUAGGGUGGGCUUUGGAAAGCUGUCAGCUCUGAUUCCGCCCCUUCGACUGCCGUCUCCCACCCACGAAACCCCCGCUCAGAAAGGGUCCGCAGCCGGGGCUCCUGCGUUCACCCCACUUCUCUCUCCUGCAAGGAAAGGCUUUGUCCCUCCGGCGGCCCCAGACCCUGCUUCCUACGCGCUGGGGGCAGUUCGUGGGCCUGGCUGGGGUCGCCCCGCCUUAGGAUGAGGGAGGCGAGGAGGAGGCUCUAACGGCUGAGUUGGGGCCUCGGGGAUCCUGAAAUGGGAGUGGCUGGGGCAGCGGAGCCGGGGGAGUUGGGGUUCUGCCUCCACGCCGGCCGCCGCCUGGCUCCCUCUCCUGCCCGGGCGGGCGCAGCGUUCGUAGCCCUCCGUUUGCCGCCAUCCAGGUUGCUGGAGAGUUAGACCUCCCAGCCUCACGGGGCUGCUGUGCGGCUGCGGCGACGCUGGCGGCUGCGGCGCCGCGGAGGAGGCGGCGGGCUCGGGAGGCGGCGCCAUGGGCUGGUGAUUGCAGCUGGAAGUGCCCAUGAGCGACCUGGCGUCCUCCGGGGGCGGGUCCCCUGCGGGGGACGGGGAAGAGGGCCUGGGGGACGAGCGAGGCCUGGUCAUCCACCACCCCGCGGAGGAGCAGCCCCACCGCUGCCCGCUGUGCGGCCAGACCUUCUCGCAGCAGCCCAGCCUGGUGCGGCACCAGAAGGCGCACGCUGGGGCAGGCCGCGCGGCCGCCUUCGUGUGCCCCGAGUGCGGCAAGGCCUUCAGCGUCAAGCACAACCUCGAGGUGCACCAGCGCACCCACACCGGCGAGCGGCCCUUCCCCUGCCCCGAGUGCGGGCGCUGCUUCAGCCUCAAGCAGAACCUGCUCACGCACCAGCGCAUCCACAGCGGCGAGAAGCCGCACCAGUGCGCGCAGUGCGGCCGCUGCUUCCGCGAGCCGCGCUUCCUGCUCAACCACCAGCGCACGCACGCGCGCAUGCCCGCGCCGCACCCGCGCCGGCCCGGCGUGUUCGGGGAGCGGCGGCCCUACUUCUGCGCCCGCUGCGGCAAGAGCUUCGCGCGCGAGGGCUCGCUCAAGACCCACCAGCGCAGCCACGGCCACGGGCCCGACGGCCAGGCGGCCCAUUUAGGCCGCGUGCUAUGAUGCGCGCCGCGCCUGCCGGCUGUUUGCUGCCCCAGAGCCACGUCCGUGACCCCCGGAGAUGGCGCUGGGCUGCGGUGCCCCGGCUGGAUGGGAUCCCGGGAGACGGGGAGGGCUGGCUUGGGGUCUGGAAGGAGUGGGCCGCUGCCAGGCUCGGGCGGCCUCCUUCCGCUCCGCCCCUAGGACCCUCCGGCUGGCUGCGUACGCCUGCUUUGGGCCAUUGUGUUGGUUUUCCUCCUCAGGCUCUGCCGGCCUAGAGCAGAUGCGGAGUGGGCAGGACCUCUGGGCAGUGUGCAAGGCACAUCUGGGCACAGAGACUGGGACCUGGGACCACGGGCCCUGCACCCCAGCGUGAGGAUGCUCCUCAGAAAACCUACCUCGGGAGGGCCCUGCAGCGAUGGCGGAAGGAGCGAUGGAGCGUGGAAUUGGAGGCAGCGUCCGUGCCCUGGUGGAAAAACUCCCUGAACCUGUUGGAAGUCGCAGCCAGAGAAGAGCUCUUCCUGGCCGCCUGGCCACGGACCUCAGCAGGGACAGUGCCUGUGUGGAUAAACGGCUUCUCUGCUCCUGCCUGGCCCACCAGAGACAGGAGGGGACUGGCCUUGGAGAACACGGCAAGUCCGGAGCAGACCUGGCUUUAGACGCAGAACCUGACCCCGGUGUGAUCCCUACUUACAGGCUUCACUCUCCUUUCAGAGCAAUUGUUGUUAACACUUUUGGGGGCGUGAAGCCCUUCGACAAUCUGACAAAGGUUUGGAACCUUCUCGCCAGGAAAACACACACACUCCUGCAGACCACAAAUCUCCAAGCAGUGUCGGGAGCUCUUGGACUCCAGGCUGAGAACCUGGGCCCCGGGGCCUCACCCACUGCUCUCCUUGCCUGAUGCAGAGCCUGGGGUCAGGGCACCAAACUAGUAGCAUUUUUCCCUCCCCCACCGACCCUCCUUUCCUUGUUCAGGAAUAAAGAAUUCUGAGGAGGGGACCCGUCUGGUCACUCUCUUCUCCCAGACCUAAUGCACAGGGCAGCAGCUUUCUGAACCUUGCUUCCCUUCCCCAGACGUUGCUGGAGGCUCCCUGGGCUGGUUUGCUCUUCUCUGUUUUUGGGGUUGCUUGCUCUGGUCACCUGGUGCUGGCUCUCACAGUGCAGCCCUGGGCUCCUGGCCUGGGCUCUGAUCUCACUGGGAAGGUGGUGGGGAGGGCUGGGACCUCUGUGGACGCUGGGCAGAGGCAUGAAUUUGGGCCGAGCCUACCCCGGAGAAGGAAUUCUGCUUCCAGCAGCCACAGCCAGGUGGACCUGCCUCCUGCCAGAGCCGGCCUUUGGCCUCAGCCGGGCACGAGAUGGGAAGGCUGCCGAGGAAGAUGGAGCCUCGCUCCUCGUGCCACCGGCUCCAGGUGGAGACAGAGGCAGACUCCACAGUUCUGCUGUGCCCUCGGAACAAGUGGAGGGGUGGGUGCUGGAGCGACAACAGGGCGAGGACUUCUCAGGUCUUCAGGGCAGCCUGGAGCCCAGAAGUGCCCCCUGGCCUCCCCAGAAUGAACCGCCCGUCAAAAAAGGUGUGACCGACCAGGGCUAGGAUGGGUUUUUGAUGAAAACCAGACUUAAGAAAGUGGGUUACAUUUAGUGAAACCCUUGGGGUGGAGAGAGGCCUUUAGUCGUGGAAUUGAGAUCCAAUCCCAGUGAUGUGAGUUGUGGGGGUGCGGAGGAGUUGUGUUUGGGUGGGAGGUCCCAGGGCUGGGCUGGGUUCGGUCAGGGUCGUCUCGGGCCCCUGUGGGUUCCUGCCCUGGGCUCUUGCUUGUCCCGUCUCCGUUGCAGUUUGGCUGGUUGUUACUGACCGUCUGCCAUGCGCCUCGUCCUGGGAUAACAGACCGCUCUAGGGGGAGCACAGAAAGAGCAGCGCUCGGUGCUCCAGGAGCUUCCACUUCCUCUGAUCCUUGGCCAACCUGGAGGGGACCUCACAGAUGCACUUCUCUGCUGAUUGUCGGCUGUCUCCUCCCUCCCCUGUGACUGUGCCAUCUGUGUCCUGCCUCUGCCUUCCCUGGUAUUGCUCUGAAAUGUGCCCCUCCUCCCCUCCGCCCUGCCCACCCUCUUCUCCACCAGGGCCCAGCUUCCCUGACCGUCUAGCCCGCAUUCCCCCUUCCUUCUCUGAACAGCACCGUGUCUUACACUCCAGUUGUGUGUGUGUGUGUGUGUGUGUGUGUGCGCGCGCGCGUGCGCGUCUUGAAUCUCCAAUGAGACUGUGGGGUCCUGGAGGACAAGGGUCUGGCACAAGGCUGGGCCCGUAACACUCAGGAAAUACUUGUCGACUGGCUAAUGGGUCAGGUGCCGGAGGUUGAGGGGUGGCCGGUGCUGGGAGGUGUGAAAGGGGAGAGAGCACGUGAGCUCAUUAGUGGGUACAUUUUACUGGGCUGUGGGCUGGCUCCCCUGAGGCAAUAAUGGCCAUAGGAGGCCUCAGGUCCUCCCCUGCUUGGGGCAUUGGGACAGGAGGACCCCCCUGGUUAUGCAGGAGUGUGCGUAAAUGCUCGUCCAGGCUGGAUGUUUCCAUAGGUCACAGACACCUGCUGGAGAUGACCAAGUGGAAUAAACAUUCUCUUGACAA